CUCUGGUUGCUAUAUCAAUGAAACUCACCUUUACAAAUGGCGUUCCUUCAACUUGAAUGUAAUGACAUCCCUUGUCAAAAACUCCAAAAUUACGAGUCGCUGACUUUCAUAUCGAUCUCCAAAUGUGCCAUGUUGUAGCACAAAAUUUAUGUGCUUCCAUUGUUCAUGUUUUCGCUGAUCAACCGCAUCAGAAGAAUACUACCCUCAUCGAUAAAGCUCUAUAGAAGAAAUUUCCGAGUAAACCAUUUAAAUUUUUACAGAAGAACGAGGAUAUGUCUGCCCGUGGUCAUGUUGUUGCCUUCCCCCACCAUCAAACCCCAAACUAGUAUAAUAAACACCGAGAUUACCAAAGUAGACGUCGAGGAGAAUAUCGGGGAACUAUUGAAUUUGGUCAAGCACGCGAUAGACAGAGGGGAGUUAGAGAAGGCGGAAGCCAUCUUGGAAAUGGGAAUAAAAAUAUGCGAGGAGUACCAGUCUUACUAUGCAUUGCCUUACAUGUACGAUAUUUUAGCUUCUAUCGCUUUGGCCACUGGUAAAAUUGGAAAAGCUGAGAAUAUAUUAGUAAGGGUGAUCGAAAAGAUGAUCCAAUUGGAAAUCCCCGAAGACAACGACCAAAUGGUAGAUUUCAAACUGCGCCUCUCUAGAAUCUAUAGUUUGUAUCAAGAAGUAGUCCUGGCCGAAAUCGGCUUCAGCACAUGCCUCAGAGAGCAAGAAAACAAGAUCAACAAGGGCGAUAUGUCAACCAAAACCGGCUUGCUCUACAUCAACUGUUUGUUCUUUUACGGCUUACACAAAAUCAGCGUAUCCGAUUAUCUAAAAGCGAAAAGUCUGAUCGAUUCCGCUUAUAGUUACGCGAUGAAAAUGAAAGGUCUGAGUCCCUAUCAGGAAAUGAUGAUCCUUGGUACGCUAGCCGACCUCAAUACGGAACUGAAAGACUUCGAUAUCGCUCUACAGAACAUCAACAGCGCAAUCAUCUUGGGCAAGGGCAUCGGUAGCAUCGAUCUGCCCAAGAUGUACCUGAAGCUGGCGAAGAUCUACGUCCAUAUGAAUUCGUUGGGAAUGGCUCAGCAAUGGCUGCACGAAGCUAUCAAUCUGGCCCAUUUGUUUAACGACAAAAAAGUCUACGAAGAAGCCGAAACUCUUCUGCAGAGCAUUUCGCCUUGAUACUUUACAUACACAUAGUACAAAAUGAUGUGGAAUAAAACGCUUGUGUCGCUA